AUGAAUCCAUCGCCGGAAGUUUCCGGAAAUUAUGAAAGGACAUUCAGCAAUUCUAAUAAAUUUUAUACGGAAAGCAACCCCAAAGAACAUAGGAAUGCUGGAUUUAUUGAUUCCAUAGACUACAAUUCGAAAUAUGCCUCUGGAAAUGAGUAUGAUACACAUCCCUCGUAUGCCACAAUGAAUUCCCAGGAGUUUCAAUAUCCUUCUGUCGAUAAUUCGAGUUACUUACCUUACAGUCAUUCUAAAGACGAUAAUGUAAUGAUGGCUGAUGACAUUUUGGAAAAUUCCAAGUAUCACACGGAUGCAUACGGAUUCGAUGGUAAAAAUUUUGGAAGUCGUCUUGAAAUGGAUGAUUCUUUCACGGAUGCUCAAUGGGCACAUCUUUCUGGUAAGCAACAACAUCCUUUGGAACCUCGUGAAGUUCCUUUUCCUGUCAUGGAUCCCCUCAACCCGAAGAUUGAAAUGAAUCAGUUUGCGAAUAUCGCCGCUGUUCUUCGUUAUCGUGGAGUUUAUAAUGCGAAAAAGACAGCUUUUGUAAUUUUGGACAGUAAAGGAAAAGAGUUCGCGUCUAGUACCUGGGAAAAGAUUGCUUCGCGAGCCGAAAAAGUAGCUCAAGUUAUACGGGACAAGAGUGGUUUGUUUAGAAGUGAUAGAGUCGCUCUCAUGUAUCGCGAUAGUGAAGCUAUCGAUUUUAUUGUUUCCCUUUUUGGGUGUUUUAUAGCCGGCGUAGUAGCAGUUCCUGUUAACCAUUUUGAUGAUUAUAACGAAUUAACCUCUAUUUUCACUACUACCUGCACUCGAUUAGCUUUGACUACGGAUGCCAAUCUGAAGAGCUUUCAGCGGGAUUUAAAUGCCAAAAAGUUACAUUGGCCAAAAAAUGUAGAGUGGUGGAAAACAAAUGAGUUCGGAGGAUUUUACUUUAAAAAAAAAGGUGAUUUACCACCUUUGCAAGUUCCAGAUCUCGCCUAUAUUGAAUUUUCCAGGUCCCCACUUGGCGAACUACAUGGUGUAGUCAUAUCGCAUCGAACUAUCAUACAUCAGAUGAAUUGUUUUGCUGCCAGUCUUUCUACUGCUCCUGCGUACGAUUCCGAUAAGAUGGACUAUUUAUCUAUGGAUCGUGAAUAUUUUGAAGGUGUUAGUAAGGCGGGUUUAUUUUUGACUUACCUUGAUUUACGACAAGCCAUCGGCUUAAUUCUUGGUGUUUUACAUACGGUCUUUUCGGGGUACACAACUGUUUGGUGCCCGCAAAGUGCAGUUUUUGUCCCUGGCUUAUGGGCAAACCUUGCCACACGCUAUCGUGCAAACUAUAUGUUGACCGACUACGCUGGCUUAAAGGCGAUAGCUUAUAAUUAUCAAAAUGAUCCAAAGGCCACUCUUGGCUUUAGUAAAAAGCAGCCUGUCGAUCUUUCAACGCUGAGGAUGUGCAUGGUUGAUUGCCUUAAUGUUGACUGUGAAUUUCAAGAAAUCGUAUCCGAUAGGUGGUUAAAACCAUUAGGGAAUCAUAAUCCUCGUGCAACAUUGGUGCCUCUUUUGUGUCUUCCAGAACACGGUGGCAUGGUCAUCUCUAUGAAGGACUGGGUAGGUGGAGAGGAGUUUAUGUCACCUAGAGGAUUCCAAGUUCCUCGUACUUCGGAUAAUGAAAUUGCAGAAGUGCUAUUGGAUAAAGAAGCAUUAAAGCUUAAUGAAGUCGUCGUUUUGGCUGAAGACGAGAAAGCCCGUCGACAAUCGAGUCACCCCAGUACUAUUCGACUUGGUGCAUUUUGGUACCCUUUUGUUGAUGCAACGUUGGCAAUAGUCGAUCCAGAAACUCAGGUGUUGUGUAUUCCUAAUGUAGUUGGUGAAAUUUGGGUAGAUUCUCCUUCAUUGUCAGGCGGGUUCUUUGCUUUACCCAAACAAACUGAAGCUAUAUUUCAUGCGAAAACUUACUUUAUAUCUUCUGAUACUUUUGAGCCAUUUGCUUCAAAUCAGGAAUUUUUGCGAACUGGAUUGUUAGGAUUCGUCCAUAAAGGUAAAAUAUAUGUUUUAGGCUUGUACGAGGAUCGCCUUCAACAGAAAGUUGAAUGGGUUGAUAAUGGGAAGCAGGAUACAAUAUUCUUUCAUCAUUACACAUCGCAUUUGGUUACUACUAUCAUGCGAACUGUAACUAAAAUUUUUGAUUGCUCAACUUUUGACAUAUAUGUAAACAGUGAGCAUCUACCUGUUGUUUUGUUAGAAAGUCCAGCAGCAAGUGUACCAGCUGAAAAUUCCGGUACUCAGUUUUUAUUGAAUUAUGAUUUGUUAAAUCAAAUAACCGCAGAAUGUAUCGAGUGUUUAUUGGAAUAUCAUCAGGUUCGUGUCUACUGUGUAUUGAUUUGCGCUCCUUUCGCAUUGCCAAGAGUGACUAAGAAUGGUCGACAGGAAAUCGGAAACAUGAUGUGUCGGAGAGCUUUCGAGCAUGGUACGCUUCCUUUUGUCUUUGUCAAAUUUGCCGUUGAACGUGCUGUACUAAAUCUCCCAGUCGGUGAAGAUGCCAUUGAUGGUAUUUGGUCGAAUUAUGCUAGUAAUCUUCGACAAAACCUUCUUUUCGAUCAAGAACUACAAUAUAGUGGUUAUAUCGAACGUCCAAUUCAGUUGGAUGGAAAGACGUUGAUCAAUAUAUCUUCAUACAAAAGUAUAUUGCACAUACUUCAGCUUCGUGUAAAAGAAAAUGCUGAUGAUAUAGCAUAUAUAACUAUAGAUGGACGUGGACGCGAGGGAAAAAACAUAACUUGGAGAAAAUUUGACCAAAGGGUUGCGACCGUAAUUCGGUAUUUGCAAAAAAAGAAAUAUCUGAAGGCUGGAAGAGUUGUUGUGCUAAUGUACACACAUUCUGAAGACUACGUUUAUGCAUUGUACGCUUGUUUUUAUUUAGGCUUAAUUCCUAUCCCUGUUCCUCCGUUGGAUAAUACUCGGCUAGCCGAAGACGUACCAGCUUUCUUAUUCCUUAUCAAGCAGUAUUAUGUCAGCGCAAUUUUACUAAAUACUGAAGCUGAUAUGGCAAUCAGAGGGAAAAACGCCUCACAACAUCUGAAACAGUCUGCCAUGGCUGCUAAAGUAAUUCUUCCUUCGUUUAUAGUCACGUCUAAGCUAAGCAAACAAACAAAGAGUAUCAGGGAAUUAGGUGUAACGUUGGAUCCUAUAUGUUUGGAUCCUGCUUUUCCCGCGUUGGUAUCAGCAUGCUGGUCUUCGGAUCACAAAAUAACUUUAACGGCCUACAAUCAUGAAACGUUACUUUCUUCGUGUCAAAUUCAAAAGGAAACUUGUCAAAUGACUCAUAAAAGGCCCGUGCUUGGACAUGUACGGAGUAUGAGUGGUAUAGGUUUUUUGCAUACUUGUCUCAUGGGUGUGUUUCUGGGAACAACUACAUACAUGUUAUCUCCGUUGGAUUUUGCCAAUAAUCCGCUUUUGCUCUUCCAAAGUAUUUCCAAGUACAAAAUUAAAGAUACGUAUGCUACGUUUCAGACACUUAACUAUGUUCAGAAUAUGCAACCUACCAAAUGGCCAAACUUAUCUUGCUUAGAAAAUUUGAUGAUACCUCAUGACGGACGAGUUAAUGCCUUUUACAUUUCCGAAUUGCAGAAGUUCUUUAUGAAAUUUGGAUUAAGUCCUUAUGCUUUCAGUAUUAUAUACAGCAGUUGUCUUAAUUCUUUUGUAACUACACGGUCUUACAUGGGAGCUACUCCUACCAAAUACUGUGUUGAUCUUCGCGCGCUUCGUCAUGGGUUAGUACAACCUUGUGAUUCUGAAGAUAAAACAUACGCUUUGCCCCUUUUGGACUCAGGAAUGGUUCCAAUAUCUACUCAAGUCGCCAUUGUAAAUCCUGACACAAGGGAAUUGUGUCAUUUAGGCGAAUACGGUGAAAUCUGGGUACGUUCCAGUUCGAAUGCCAUUUCAUUUUUCCAAUCCAGCGAUCCAGUUGAUAUGAUGAGGUUCAAUUCUUCUUGUGAUAAUGAAUUCAUAGGGAAUGGUCAAUAUAUUCGUACUGGAGAUUUCGGAUUUCUCCAAAUCAUGUCCCAAUCUAUGGGACCUGGUAAUCCGGUUAUUGAUAUGCAACUCCUCUACGUCUUAGGCCCAAUAGGAGAAACGUUUGAAGUUAACGGAUUAAGUCAUUUUCCUCCAGAUAUUGAAGAUACAAUUGAAAGAUCACAUCCCCGGAUUACGCGAGGCGGUUCUGUCGUUUUUCAAUCCGGAGGAAAUGUUGUCAUCGUUGUUGAGGUAAUAGGUUAUGAUUAUUUAUCUGCAAUUGUUCCUGUAAUCAUCAACAGCAUUUUGGAUGAGCAUCAAAUUGUGGUAGACACUGUCGCUUUUACAUCGCGAGGAAACUUUCCUCGGUCUCGUUUGCGUGAAAAACAACGAGGCAAGAUUCUUGCUUCAUGGAUUACCAGAAGGUUGCGGACGACGCAAAUAUUUAACAUUAGGGGUUCUGCUGAUAAAUUCCAAGGCCCAUAUGUUCCUUAUAUUAGUUCAAAUGCUAGUGCAACGCCUUCCAUUAGUUCCAAAAAUACGACAACUCAGCGAGUUUUUUGA